CACUUAUAGCGUCCACGCGUCCAUGUGCCGGUCACGCGAUACAACACGAUGGUGUAGAAUAUUUUUUUCCGCUCUUACAAACGGUUUGACAUUCAGCCGCGGCGGACCUGCACGAGCGCGCGCUCAGACGAGAACGGAAAUAAAACGUACGAAACGCGUAUAAUAUAAUUAUUGUUGAUACCAUUAAAACCUAACUUAUCGCGUGGGUACAGAAUUUUUUUCCGGACGUUUCGUUCACGGUUUUUCACCCGCUCGAAACGUUUCGACGUCUCAUUCCGCAGCCGCGUCACACGUCGGUCCAACAAGCAUUCGGUUCGAUACGUUGUAUUAUUGAAUAAUAAUAUCAUUAUGUACUAAGUUUUGUGUCAUUUGUUAUUCCGUGCGUUGCGAGCAGGGUCCGUUGACCGUGACAGUUCACAUCGUAAAAUUCGUCUACAGGUGAUCAAUAAAUACGUCCAGCGGGCAUGCCAUACAAUAAACAAAAGUUAUCGAUGUUUUUUUUUCAUUUCUGACGUUCGAUAAAUGGCUUCAGAUAUAAUACCAUUAGAACACAACAAUAUCGAAAAUGAAAUGCGAUUGCCGAGCAAUAAACGUUUUAACGUAUUUCAUAUGCCUCUCUUUUAUACCAGUGUCAUUAUGCCUAAUGCAGAACGUAUUAAAUCUGAGUUACUGGCAAUGUGUCAUGAAAAGAACGGAUCAAUGUCCAGACAUGGAUAUCAAAAUAUUUUUGUAUUCCAGCGGUGCUAAACGAAAAAAAUUGAUCGAUGUUCGUAACAAGAACACACUUCGGUACAGCGGUUGGGAUCCUAGCAAAAAAAACGUCAUCAUUAUUCACGGGUUUAACGGAACAGAAAGCAAGACCCCGAUGACAAUCAUCAGAAACGCGUACCUGAACCGAAAAGACUACAACGUGUUUACCGUGGACUGGGAGCCGCUGACAUUCUUCCCGUGUUACCUGUCUUCGCUGAGCAAUACCAGGCUGGUAGCCCAGUGCACGGCCCAGUUUUACGCCCACCUCACCUAUUCAGGGGCAUCGGCGUACGACAUACACUGCGUCGGCCACAGUCUUGGAGCCCACAUAUGCGGUAUGAUAAGCAACCACUUGACGCACAGACAGCACAAGAUCAUAGGUCUAGAUCCGGCCAGGCCGCUGGUGGACAGGUACGGUUCGGCCGAGUUCCGGUUAACCAGGGACGACGCGACCACGGUUCAGGUGAUACACACGAACGCUGGAUUCCUAGGCGAGGCGCCACAAGUGGGACACGUCGACUUUUGCGUGAACGGCGGCCGACUGCAACCGAGCUGCGCCAAGGAGCCCAGGAAUAUCCGUAAUAAUUAUUGCUCGUCGCCUGUCUGGCGAAACGAUCCAUUAGCACAACUAAGAUGUAGACUGCGGAUACCUGUUGGACGGCGAAGUAUAGUAGUGACUGACGGCCGAGCCAGGUGCAGUCACUUCUUGAGCGCUUGUUUCUUCGCGGCUUCCGUUUCAGAACGAGGUAAGCGCCAUCAAGGCGUGCCCUGUACGUCUACUUGCGAACCACUGUCCAGGACGUACGCCAAAGACGUGCCCGUGUCCAUGGGAUUCCACACUCCGGACAACGCUCGAGGAACGUACUGCAUUCAAAUGCGUAACAGUAAAGCGUGUCCAUUCGAUUAGACCAGAACCUCCAACAGGAGACGCGUUCGGAGAACCAGAGAAAAUGACACGAGGACAUAUGCAACGAAAAGAAAAAAGAAAAAAUUAGUGUCACAAGAAACGGAAAAUCCGGACUAAACCAAAGAUUGUUAUGUGCUACUGGUUACCGUAUAGUUAAAAAUAACGCACCGUUUCUAUUAUGUAUUAUAACAACGUGUACAAUAUAUUAUAUAUAUUAUGUAGUAAUUAUUAAUAUAUGAUACGAUAAAAGAUACUGAGUGAAAUAAACACACCGACGUCAUUAUAGUGCAUUAUAACUUGUAAGUGAAAAAAGUGUACUAUAUCUUUAAAUACUCAUGUAGUCAUAAAUCGUUUUAAAAAUAAAAUAUAAAAAAAGUCUAUCUCA